CGCAAGUCGUCCCGCCGGGGGCGGCGCCGCACAUACCGAGAUCUGGCUGACCUCAGCGGCUCCGAGGACGGCCACGACCCAGCCAACGACGACGCUGACGAGGACGGCGCCGCGGCCGCUGACGAGGACGGCGGCGCCGGCGGCGGCGGCGGGGGCGUAUUGGGGGGCGGCGUCUCGGCGGGCGGCGAUGGGGACGGCGGCGACGGGGGCGGGGCGUCGAGCGGGAGCGAUGGCGAAGAGGGCGCGCCGGCGCGGCGGAAGCGGCGGCGGGCGAGCGACGGGGCACGGGAGGACCGGCGUUUUGGUGCGCUGCGGCAGGGCGCGACGCCUGCUGAUUUCAGGGGGAGGGCCUGCGGAAGUUUUUGGCCCGGGUGUGCCACUUGGGUGCAGAGGGCCAGCGCUGCGGCAGUGGGCGUGUGCGGCAAGCAGUAG